CCUUCCGCGCCUCGGUGACGUACUUCCGGUCCUUUGCGCUCUGGGCCCGGAGAGAGGAGAUGGCUCCAGCCAAGAAGGGCGGCGAGAAGAAGAAGGGCCGCUCCGCCAUCAACGAGGUGGUGACGCGGGAGUACACCAUCAACAUCCACAAGCGCAUCCACGGAGUGGGCUUCAAGAAAAGGGCUCCCCGCGCCCUCAAGGAGAUCCGUAAAUUUGCCAUGAAGGAGAUGGGAACUCCCGACGUACGCAUCGACACCAGGCUGAACAAGGCUGUCUGGGCCAAAGGAAUAAGGAACGUCCCCUACCGCAUGCGGGUGCGUCUGUCCAGGAAGCGCAAUGAAGACGAAGACUCUCCCAACAAGCUGUACACGCUGGUCACCUACGUACCCGUCACCACCUUCAAAAACCUGCAGACGGUCAAUGUGGAUGAAAACUAAUCAAGGUUGUGUUCCCCCUAAUAAAGUCUGAAAAGGCCUCA